GACCAUGCCCUAUUUGCUCUUCACGGUGGAAAAGGGUUGAAAAUUAUGAACUUUGGAGCAAGCCAACGGCAGACUAAUGGUGUUGAAGAUGCUCUUCAGGCUGCUGAUGAUGAUGCUGUAGAUCCACAUCUUGAAUGGAUUAAAAAUGAAGCGGGUGGUGAGGAAAGUGAUGAAGAGGAUGAAGAUUUUGUUGUGGAGAAGGAUGAUGGAGGCUCUCCUACUGAUGAUUCUGGAGAUGAAGAAUCAGAUGCUAGUGAAAGUGGUGAUGACAAAGAAGUAAACUACAUCAACUCCCUUGUUUUUACUCCUUACCUUGUUUCAAUAGAAGUUGGGUAACUAGAAAGUUCUGAUACUUGAUUUUGACAUGGCA